GUAACGCAUACGCCGCCGUACAUGCAUAGGUAUACGUAGAAUUCAUUGAAUAGUAGUAGCAGUUUUUCGAAAAUAUCUCGAAAACUAAGGCCGGCGGUUAUGUGUAUAGGAAAAGGUUGUUCAAAAUAUUGAGUUUUACAACAUAUUUAAAUUUCAUCAAAAUCGGUGCUAUUGUAUUUGUAUCUGACAGCGGAGAAUCCUCGGGAACAUUCAAUUUGCGACUUUGUAAAUUUCUUUCAAAAGCAGAGUUUGCGAAAAUGCCACCAUUAUUAUUUUUUCCAUAUGAAUCCAUAUCUACAGUAGUGAAUUUAUAAUUUACAUCUAUUAAUGCCAAAAAUACAAUCGAAAAAAACUUUUUAUAAUUCACUAUCAUGAUCGAGAGCGGCUCGAAAGUGGCAUAGCAGUAUGAGUACAGUAAAAUACCGGACCGAGAACGGACCGUAACCGAACCGAUAGUGUGGAUCUGACCUUAUCGUUAGUGUGCUUUAAAUGUAAGUACUUUAAAUGAUCAGCUGAUCAGAUGCAGAUGGCGUUUAAGAUGUCAGAAUGAUUGUAAAUGGCGUUCAAAAUAGUUAGUGGUCCAUAUGAGUGGAAAGAGUUCAUUUAAUAACGAAAAUAGAUAAAAUGACUACUGCUGUACAAGAAGACAACGAAUUAAAAAGGUUAUUGAAUAACCCUGCAAAAAAUGCUGGGGAGGAAUGUUCGAUGGCUCCGCCGCAAUCGACAAAUGUCCCACGACCGAGCACAUCGCAAAAUGUUAAUCCACAGUUAAUGAUUAAUCCACUGACUCCUGCUCAUAGUACAAAAGAAGUUAUAGAACCAUGUUUACAAAAUGUAGUUUCUACAGUUAACUUAGGUACAGAAUUAAAACUCAUGUAUAUUAACACAAGAACAAGGAACUCAGAGUAUAAUCCAGCUAGAUUCACAGGUUUAAUUAUGAGAAUUAGAAAUCCUAGAGCUACAGCAUUGAUCUUUCAUUCUGGAAAAUUAGUAUGUACCGGAGCAAGGUGCGAAGAAGAUUCUUACUUAGCAACAAGAAAGUUUGCACGAAUAAUUCAAAAAUUAGGAUUUCAAGUUAAAUUUUAUAACUUUAAAAUACAAAAUAUAGUUGCCACAUGCGAUUUAAAAUUUCCAAUCAAACUGGAAAAUUUAAAUCAUAUACAUGGGCAAUUUUCUAGUUAUGAACCUGAGCUUUAUCCGGGUCUUAUAUACAGAAUGGUAUUGCCAAGAGUGGUAUUACUUAUAUUUGUCAAUGGGAAAAUUGUAUUGACUGGAGCAAAAAAUCGUACUGAGCUGCAAGAUGCAUUAAACAAUAUAUAUCCAAUAUUAAAGAGUUUCAGAAAACAGUAACAAUAUUUUUAAUAGUUUAAAUUUUUUUACGAUUAUACAUAAUUUAUUUGAAAAUAGAUAAUGUUCUGCAUGUAUUAGGUAUUACAGUCAUUAACAUAAUUUAUUGGCGACGCGAACGUUAUUUAUUAAUAAUUAGGAACUUUGUACGAAUGUGAUUUCUGUUCGCAACAGUUGAACAAAUUAUAAAUAAUCUUAUACAAUAAAUGAAGUACAAUAAUAUUGUAAAAAUAUUAUAUAUAUAUAUACAUAUAUAUUAUUUUCUUGACAAAUUAGUUGAUAAAUAUCUUUUAUAUAUAAGAAAAAUAAAUGCAAGGUAUUGUUUUAAAAAAAAAAAUGUAUUUCUGAAUGCUUUAGUGAUGAAAGUAUUUGAUCUAUAUCGCUGUGGAACUAAAAUACAGUCGACAAGUAGUACAUUUAUAAAAUUCAUAAAAUCUUUUAUCUCACGAGAUAUAUUGCCUGUUAAAGAAAAAGAAAAUACAUAAAUAUUUCA